AUGUUACAAUUGAUGUUAAUGAUUGUAUUAUUGCUACCAAUAAUUGUUGAAUCGAAAGGACAUUGGUCUUAUGAAAAUAUUACUGCAUGGUCGCAUGAUGAUCAUUAUUGCCGUGGAAAUCUACAAUCGCCAAUUGAUUUACAAUUUAAAAAAUCACUUUUUGAUCGUCGUCUUAAACCUUUGUAUUUACAAGAGCUAAAGUCUCGUGGUCGACCGAAACUCCUCAAUAAUGGUCACACAGCUCAACUUAGUUUAACAAAUCAUUCUGUAUUAAAACAUGUUGCUCCGGCAAGUGAAGAUUAUCGAGUAGAACAAAUUCAUUUUCAUUGGGGUCAUUCAAAUGACACUGUUAAUGGAUCGGAACAUUUACUUGAAGGACGAUCAUAUCCAUUAGAAAUGCAUAUGGUAACUUAUUCCAGUUGGUUUUCAAAUAUUAGUGAAGCAAUGUUGAAUACACGUGCACUUGCUGUUGUUGGUGUUUUCUUUGAACUUAGUAAUAAGUCGAAUUCACUUCUUCAACCAAUAGUUAAUGCAUUAAAACAUAUUCGAAAUAAAGAUAAACAUGUUUUUAUUGAUGAAGAUUUCAGUUUGAAAGAUUUAAUUGGUGUAAAACGUAUGCAUCGUUAUUAUCGUUAUGAUGGUUCAUUAACAACUCCACCUUGUUACGAAUCAGUUAUAUGGAGUGUUUUACAAGAACCAUUACAAUUAUCAUCUGAACAAUUACAAGCUUUUCAAAAUUUACAUGGAGAAAAAUCUGAAUUAAUGAAAAAUACAUAUCGAAAAAUACAACCUUUACAUUUCAGAAAAUUAUUUCGUAGUUUUGUCCCAGAAAAUAUUCAUGAUAAUGAAAUCAAGAAACAAAUAUCGUCAUCAAAAAGUCAUGGUCAAUAUUUGUCUGUCAAUAUGAAAUUUUCUUUUGUUUUAAUGAACAUUUUAAUGCUUAUUGUCUGA